AUGGGGAACAGCCAGUGCGUCCCGCAGGCCCCCAGGAGGCUCCGGGCCUCCUUCUCCAGGAAGCCCUCGCUGAAGGGCAAUAGAGAGGACAGCGCGAGAAAGCGGGCAGGCCUGUUUGGCACAGAAGCUGCCGCCGAUGGGGACGCCGCCACCGACAGCAGGCUCUUCCACUUCAUCCCCGGGACGGACAUCCCAGGCCUGGAGAGUCAGCGAGAAAAUCUGGAGCAGCCGUUCCUGAGUGUGUUCAAGAAAGGGCGGCGGAGGGUGCCCGUGCGGAACCUGGGCAAGGUGGUGCACUAUGCCAAGGUCCAGCUGCGGUUCCAGCACAGCCAGGACAUCAGCGACUGCUUCCUGGAGCUGUUCCCCUCCCACCUCUAUUUCCAGGCCCAUGGCUCCGAGGGCCUCACCUUCCAGGGACUGUUACCACUGAUAGAGUUGAGUUUCUGCCCACUGGAGGGGUCCGGAGAACACGCCUUCCAGAUCACAGGCCCACUGCCCUCGCCCCUCCUAGUGAUCUGCCCAAGCCGGGCCGAGCUGGACUGCUGGCUCUACCACCUGGAGAAGCAGACGGCCCUCGCGGGGAGGCUGCGGCGCUGCCACUUGGCACCUCCACAGCGCCGGCUGACCCGGCUGCGGACGGCAUCUGGGCGGGAGUCGAUGGGCACCGCUGUCUGUGCCUCGAGGGUCAAGCUGCAGCACCUGCCCGCGGAGGAGCAGUGGGACCGGCUCCUGGUCCUGUACCCAACUUCCCUGGCCAUUUUCUCGGAGGAACCGGAUGGGCUCUGCUUCAAGGGUGAGCUCCCGCUCCGUGCCAUCCACAUCAACCUGGAAGAAAGAGAGAAACAGAUCCGCUCCUUCCUGAUCGAAGGCUGCCUCAUCAACACCAUCCGCGUGGUAUGUGCCAGCUACGAGGAUUACAGCCACUGGCUGCUUUGCCUCCGAACCAUCGCCCAUAGGGAGGGGAACUCCUCACUGCCCAGCACUGGCAGCCUCCAGGGGCUGCAGGUCUCUGGCAGUGGCCAAGGCUCACUCUUCCUGGACAGCAGGACCAGCUGGGACUCAGGGUGUCCGGCGCCCCCCUCCUCCCACACUAGCCGCUCCCUGCCUGAGUCCUCGGGACCACCUUCUGCAGGCCGCCCGGGCCAGCCUGCACCCGACCAGGCCAACCCUGAUUGUACCAGCACUGGCCGGCAGAGGACAGAGCUGAGACGUGGUGGCAGCAGCCGGUCACCCAGGAGCAAGGCCCUGGCGGAAGGGCCUGGCCCGACCGCCCCACUGCACCUGGACCUGACCCAGCUGAGCAGGCUGAUCCUGGAGUCUGGCCCAGAAGCUUCAGACCACACACUGAAGACACCACACUCUCCGCUCUACGCCGACCCCUACACGCCGCCUGCCACCUCCCACCGCACAAUCACAGAUGUCGGGGGCCUGGAUGAGUUCCUCAGUGCCAUGCAGAACUCCCCUGGACCCUCAAGACCAUUCCCCUUGGUUCCUGUGUCUGUGCCUGUCUCUGACCCUGACUCUGGACAUCCCAGCUCCCCUGGGCCUCCCGGCCUUCACCUGUUCUCCAAGAAGGGAGCCCUGCCGUCCCGAGCCUCACAGAGGCACCGAGGCUCUGUCAAGGGCCGGGGGCCACGGCCUCCAGACUCCCCUUGGCUUGUCUCCUCUGCCACGGAAGGUCCGCCCGACCCCCCGGUGCCUCCCCCAGAUGACGGGUCCCCCAGGAGGUGCCAGGGCCCAAGCUAUGACAACAUCUGGGACAAGGCCUCGUGCCCCUCCCACUCCAGGGGGCCCCGGCUCGGAGGGUCCGAGGCCGAGGGGAGGCUCGUGCAGUGGAUCUGAUGCCCGGGGACGGCUGCUUCUCAGGACCUGGUGGCCGGGGCCGCCCACCCCUGUGACCCUCAUCCAAUUCGGAGUCUAAUGCCGCGGGGUCAGGGAGUCCCAGAACCAUCCCUGGGCUGGGUCCUUUCCCAGGAAUGCCCUGGCAGAGCAACUGGACCACAGGCCAGGGAGGUCCUGAAUGCCCACAGGGCCAUCCCUCAGCUCUGCCUCCCAGAGAGGGGUUGAGGGCGGGGACUCGAUGGGGGCGUCCCCUGGGCGUGGGAGGGUGGUGUGGGCGAAAGGUCGGAGAGUGGAGAAGGGUUCGCAGGGCCAGAGCAUGUGAAGUCAGAGGGCACGAGGACCAGAAGUCAGCAAGGCAUGAGGUUGGGGGUGUUCCCUCAAGGAGGGCAGGUGGGCCUGGCGUGGCCUGGGCAUGUGCCGGGAUGGGGACAGGUCGGAAAACACAGACGCCAUUAAACAAAAAGAAAGAAA